ACUUACUGCUCAGCUCAGAGGAAUCAUUCAAACAGGGACGAGCAUCUUUGCCAAAGAUUACUCCUCCUGUGAUUAGUCCCACCGGAGCGUGUGUAGCCUGCAGCAGAAGCACGUCAGAAACACCGCCCACUAAGGAACAGAGCUCGAGAAAGACCCCUGAUUUUUGUGGUAGCACAAACAUGGACACAAAUGUUUCAUCACUCAGCUCAACAUCCAUCCUGACCCAGCUGCCUCUCAAUACCACAGCAUUCAUAAACAGCACGGUAAAAUCCUUCAAUGUGUUUGAUGGGUGCGAAAACCUGAUAGAGGCCAUUUUUUUUGACCUGGCCAUGCAGUGCAUCAACAUAAUUGUGGGUAUCCCGGCCAACUUACUCGUCAUUGCAAUUCUCAUUCACAAUCGUAAAGAGCCUUCCACUUCAGACAUAUUCUUGGGCUGCUUGGCCGUCAUGGAUGCCUACUUUGGUGCAAUGACGACCGUGAGCUUUCUUAAUGUCUACCUCUGGCAGCUCAAAGAGGUGUGGUCAGCCAUUAAGUUCUCCUUUGGCGUGAAAGACACCAGCGGCCCGUUGUUCCUCUCUUGCAUCUGCUUGGAUCGCUUUGUAGCUGUACUCUUUCCAAUCGCAUUUGGGCAACUUAAACACUUCAAGUACAGGUUAGGCCUCUCAGUGCUGGUGCUCUGCCUCACCUUUGCCUACUCAGCAGCCAAGAUGGUGGGAGGGCUCCCCAACUUUGAAAAGGUGUUCACCGGUGAGGUACUGGCAACAUUUACUUGGAUGGUGGUGUGUAACGCAAGCAUCCUGUGGGCACUGAAGAAGUCCACCGGUGCAGGGAAAGAUGCAAUGCACCCCAUGAAAAAGAAGGCCUUCAAGAUGGUGCUCUCUAUCCUGUGUAUCAUCGUGUUCAACUACCUGCCACUUGUUGCUCUGUUUCCAUUUGAGGACUACUACUCCCCUGAUGUGUUUCGCUGUUACGUGCAGCCUGCGGGUUUUGCCUUUCUGAACAUCAGCAGCACAAUCCAGCCCCUUGUCUACUUGUCACGUCUGGAGAAGGUGCCUUUCCUCUCUGAGUCCUGCAUUAAAAAGAUUACUUCCUGUUUCAACCCAGAGAAGAACCAGAAUCCACAGGAGCAAAACCAACCUGCUUAGAUUCACAAAAUAUGAAAAAAUAACACACUUAUUAAAAUUUAUGAAAAAUAAAUAAUUGCAACUGUGAGAGUCAAACCCUGAGUGUAAAGUCCUGCUUUGUUUUUGUUUUUUCCCAGUUUACCUUUUACUUGAAUGCAUUUUGUUUCAUAAUCAGUGAAAGAAAUCUGUAUCGAAGAUUGAAUCACUAAUUAAUCAACAGGUAGACAAUGUUAAAAUUAUUAGCAUUUUAAUUUCAUUUUUCAUAAUGUGAUGAAUUGCUACGAGGAGCGUGUGAACUAUUUGCUUUUGUUUUGGCGCCAUCGUGAGGACAAAAUACAUCAAUAAACUUUAUCCUUCCAGUGAAUGUGUGGACCAGUGACUGUGGUGAGGUUGUGGGGAUCAUGGUUCAAUAGGUCAGGUUUGGGUGCAUCAUAGUAAAGGUAAGUUUAACAGGCUAGGAAAGAAAAUCAUCCCAAUCAGCAUCAGCAUCAGCAUCAUACUGAUAGCAAAAGGAGCAUGUAUCUGUGGCAUGUGCGAUGUCUUUCUGAAGGAGCAUGGUGCAGGACAGGGUGUAUAUAUUCCCCACAUACCUCUCCAACAUAAUAAUGAUGUUCUGACAGAAAGAAACCUCAAUGAAUAAGUCAAACAUGGAAUGUAAAAGAAUUUUUAAAAAGGUUUAGUGUUUGCCACACACCAAAAACCCAGCUCUACCACUACUUGGAAAGAGCACUACAUGUGAUUUUAUUCAAUGUAGUUAAAUGCAUUUUAUACAGGUCUAUAUUUGCUUUCCUACUGAGAGAUGUGAACAUUCAUGCCAUGCUAAAAUGUAUAAAGCAGACAUAGCAUACAAACCAAAUGAAAAAACCAUCUUAACAACUAAAUCUGUCUUCCAACACCUCUAAAACUUAUAAUUAAGACCUGUUAUAUCAUCCUGUUUAAAUCCCAACAAAAAGCCUAAUUGUAAAGUUUACAGUUCAUCAUUCUAAAAGGGUUUUUAUAACAAGCAGCUAAUGGGGUCUCUGGAAAGUUAUUAUUCCAUACUAUUUACCCCUGUAAAGUUAUCAGUUACUCUCAUACUUGUGGUUUUGAACUAAAUCAAUUAACCAAAAUGUAUUAUUAUUGUACAUUAGGUAAAGAUAGGGUAGAAUUUUCCAGCUUUGUCCUAAGCUAUCCAGCUUCUAGCUUUAGUUGCACAUACAGUCAAUGGCCAUUUUGUUAGGUACACCUGUUCAGCUGCUUGCUAAAGUAAAUAUAUAAUCAGCCAAUCAAAUGGCAGCAUCUACCUCCUGGCUGUAGCUCAGGAGGUAGAGCAGGUCACCUGCUGAUCGGAAG